AUGGCUGCACACCUCGAAAACCCAGACACCCUCUUCCACGAAGUCUUCUCGCACCUCUCACAACUCCAGCAGACGCCAUCAUCACGUCUAAAUGAUGACCUACUACGCCGCGCCGGUCACGCCGUCGACACAAGUACACCACAUGCGACCCUCUGGCAGCUGCUGCAAAUCGGAGAAGCCCUCCUCAGCACCAUUACCGGCGAUCCUCAACCCUUGACUCGACUUCUACAACGCGUGGUUGAGAGCAUUCCAUUCGACGAACUAAGCUCAAGUCUGACCCCAGACAAAUUGAUCGACGGUCUGAAAGCGCCCAGCAAUGCGAUUCAGUUGUUGUGUAUAGCAUAUUUGACUCGGGCGGCCUCCAGGCCUAGUGGGGCGGCCGAAAGCGCCGAGGUUGCUGAAAGAGCACAGGAAGGAAUUGUGGCGUUGCUGGAGGUGGAUUCCCCGGAGUCGACGACGUUCGCGAGUUCGAUACAGAGCAGUGGCUCAUCCCAGGCGGCCUCCCGGGUAGCGAGCUCUGGCAAUGCUGCACAAGGACAGGGGUUGUUUUCGCGCCGGAUUUUCCAUGACCAGGCAUGCUAUGUGGUUUUCUACCGCUGGACAACCCUGGAGGCCGCCUCGAACCAUGAUCUUUCAACAAAGAAGGGCCGUUCUCAGGUCUCAAUAUCCCAGGCUAGACUUCUCGAUUUCCUGCCGAAGGUCGCCCUGUUCGACGUUCCGUCAAUCUCGACCUCUACUCUGCCAGAAAUCGAACGGCCGUUCCUACGCCGGGAAAAUGCAGGCACCCACGCCCCGGGGAGCCCGUAUGGGGGCCUCCUGAAGUAUGCUGCGAGGUACAUGAUCGACAAGGACGAUUUUCUGAUGGUGGUACUGUGGAAAGAGUUCUUCGAGAAGUUGUUUGCGGCGAUUCAGGAGAGCGGCACAAGGCGCGUGCCUUCAAAGAUGCUCGAAGCCAUCGCGCAUGAUGCUGACGGCGGAAGGGAGGCAGGUAAUGAUCAUCCGAAUGGCGACGGUAUCCAUUUGUGA